UUUCAUGUCCCUUCGAAAAAGCACUUGUCUCUUGUUUGAAUGCAGUCUGAUUAAAAAUAAUACUAAGCAACGAACGGGAUGAUUAAACAUCGAAGGGAAACUACAGUUCCCAGGUUCCUCUUUGAGCAUGUGAUACUAGAAAAAAUGCUAUUGGGUUUCCAUUAUUUUAUCAGCCUAUGCGCGUCGAGUAUACUGUCCCGUACCAAAAAGUGACCUUUUCAAGAGUUGACCGCCGAAUAGAACCCAACGACGCGGUCGCUCCUACAGAACGACCAUAUUUUUAAUUUCAAAUUAACAGACUGCCUAUUUCACCGGCGGCAGCUUGUUUGCUGUGCAUAUCAACGGACAUGGGAGGCCGUGAGAGCACGACCAGGAAAGUGUCAUUCGGUCUGGACGAGGAGGAAAAAGUGACAGUACUGCAAGGAAUCAAGCUUUCCGAAGAUGUCCUGCAAAGGAUGCGGGACCCGGAGCCCGCCCCGGCGCCUGGAAUUAAGCCGCCGAAACCCGAGAGCCGCAAACCUGACAGCCCGGGGCCUCCGCCAGGACCAACCGCUGCUCAAAUGCAAGAGGAACUACGGAGGAGGUUCGAGCAGCAGCAGGCCAUGGUGCAGGAGGAGCUGGCACGCAUUGCUCGCAGGGAGCAGGACGCUGGCGAGGAGAACGUGAGCGCCGCCCUGCUGAGAGAGCGCUCCAAGACCAGGGAGGAGCAGGACAAAGCCCAGAGCCUGCCUGCAGAAUUGGAUGCUUGGGCCAAACAGUUGGACAAGAAGGAGGCUGAACUCCAGCAACUGUCUGCCUUCUACAAAGAGCAGCUGCUGCUACUGGAGAAGAAGAACUUGGAUUUCUACCAGCAGGCGGCCGACCAGUACAACCAGGCUGCAGUCAAAGCAGAGGACCACAUUAAGCCGCGGCAUGUUGUUCCCGUCUGCCCUGGGUUGCAGUCUGAUGUGCUGAAUUGCUAUAAGGAGAACAAACACCAGACCUUGCUUUGCUCCAGCCUGGCCAAGGAGUACAUGAACUGUAUCAACACUGCGAAAAAGAACACAAUGGUGAACCACGGAUGAGGAAGAGGACUCGGAGGAGGAAGACCAACGCCCAUCUCUUCACUCUCUCCACUAUGGCCCAGACUCAAAACUCCAGAUACCACUUAAACUCCUGUGUGUGUGUGUGUGUGUGUGUGUGUGUGUGUGUGUGUCUGCAUUGUAAACACACUGCUGCUGUCGUUGUGAAGGAGCACCUUGACGCAGGCAGUCGUUGGCACCUCUCUUAUUUCAUGUUUAUUUUAUCCACUUUAAGCUGCUGUCAUUUUGGUGUCGCACAGAUAUGCUAAUUAUUUUUUUUUUAAAUAAGCACAGUGCCAGCUUCUGACAAGUACAAGUGCGCUACCAGCUUGAGUAAUCAGCCUCUGUGUUUACACUGCAGGUGUACGUGUGUGUGUAUAUGCAUAUCUGAGUGUGUGUGGAUCUGUGAGACUGUAUCCAUACAUACCCAUAUUUGUGUGUGUGUGUGUGUGUGGUUUGACUUGACUGUGUUGAAGUGAAGUGUGUUAUCACGACUAGCCAUCUGCCUUCAUCUUGAGGCUUUUUUUGUUUCUGGGCAAGGAGCCUCUGUGGUUGUUGGCUCGAGUGUUUUCACGAAUAAAAUAAAGAAUCCGUCCAGCAGAAA